AUGUAUCUCCCUCUGAUCACUAUAUUACUUCUCUCCUCCCUGCAAAAGUCGUUUGGAGCUCUACAAUGUUUAAGGUGUUCUGAUACCUUUGAGCCGCGUUUGUGUAACAGGAUAGAAGUAUGCAACAAAGGAGAGGUAUGUGGAGUACGGCUGUACCGAUCUGAUAAUGGCGAUAUGAGCUACUGGACAGGCUGUAUGUCGUCUCUGGAUUGUACUAAAACUGUAAACAGGACAGUAAUUCACCCUAAACGUGACGGAUCCUCUCACAUCCCGGGUCAGCUUUUGUGUACAGACUGCUGUGUGGGGGAUCUUUGUAACAGCGAGGGGUGUGGGGCAGCCGGAUACCCCGUCUCCAGAGGACCAUUGUGUUAUGAUUGUCGCGAUGUUCACUCCCCUGCCGAUUGUCAUAAGAUUAUACCUUGUAGUGCAAAUGAGAAAUGUCUGGUAGAGGAGAGAACUGUAUUCGGUCAGCGGUAUUUCACAAACGUGCGACUCUCUAGUCCAGAAUUCACAAAAGAGCUACCUAUCAAAAGUGUUGUGAUGGGGAUUUGUGCAAUAACCUUGGUUAAUUCAGCUGGUGGCUCCACCACUCCUGGUACAGUGACGUCAUCAUCAUCCUCGGCCCCUCCAACCUCUUACCACGUUGCUUUCUUCACACAAAACAAUCACAGUGUAUCGGGAUCGAGGGACUUGACCUUCGACCAAACCGCCAUUAAUAUUGGGGGUGGAUAUGUCAGUAGCACGGGGGUAUUCUUGUGUCCCCAAGCAGGCUUAUAUAUGUUUGCAUGGGGCAUAGCUUCCCACGGAAGUGGGGUGGACACCAGUUUGAUGAAAAAUGGUUACCCGGUAGGUGUCGCAGCGAUAACUGAUCCUAAGGCUUCAGUGGUGGACGAUUCGAGCACUUCAUUUGCAGUCCUUCGUUUGAAUAAAGACGACAAAAUAAAUGUUCACCAAUUUUCUGGAAGCAGAGGCAUUGAUAGUUUUUUUGCGGGCUGGAAAAUUUACGAUAGCCCAAUAGAUAGAAAUAUCGAUGCAUUUACGGCGGCUCUUAACCACUCAACUUAUAGUUCAACAACAAUUCCGUUUAACAGCGUCAUCUUUGAUAACCGGGGGAGUUACCACACCAGCAACCAAUCGUUUGUUGCAGAUAGUCGCGGUUUAUAUGUUUUUGGUGUCACGGGACAACAGACGAGUGCUCAGUACGACGACUUACAAAUCAAAGUCAACGGAGCACAAAAACUUAACACCUUUCCUGAUUCAGAGAGCGGACAUACCGAUUCCGGAGCGACGCUGGCUGUAUUUAACCUCAAUGCUCACGACAAUGUUAAUGUAGGAGGCCGCAAAUGUGUGGGCUACAGGGGCACUACGGCGUUUUCGGGAUAUAAAAUUGGAAACGUAUCAACACCCGCAUUUACCGCGGUACUCACGUCAGAUAGUUCAAAUGACGUUGUCCCAUUCAGUGACGUGUUAGUAGACACGCAUCAUGACUAUAAUCGUUUGAAUGGGAUUUUCACAUGCAGUGUAAGCGGAACCUACCUGUUCACGUGGACGGUCGAGACAAACGGGGCUGAACUAGAAACACAGCUGAUAAUUCAGAGAAGGGGAGGUUCUGAGAUUAGUGGUCCAAAAACAUAUGGAGAGGAGACCAAAGGAGACGAAUAUGACAGCAGCACGGGGGUGUUUAUUUACGGUCUAUCCGUGGGAGAUACCGUCAAAGUACGACGUUUGCGCGGGAAAGUAGAGGGAAGCUACUCUUCUUUUUCAGGAUGGCUGUUGUUUUAGUUAAUGUAUGGUGUUGUAAAUAAAUAAAACAAACAAAUUUAA